UGGACUUGCAAGUGGAGCCCGCGCCCGCGAGGAACCAUGCCGCGCUCUUUCUUGGUGAAAACGCACUCCAGCCACAGGGUCCCCAACUACGGGCAGCUGGAGACGCAGAGAGAAAUCAAUGGCGCCUGCUCUGCCUGCGGGGGGCUGGUGGUGCCCCUCCUCCUCCCAGACAAGGCGGCCCCUCCGACACCUGGUGACCCUGCCCAGCCCUGGGACCACACCUCCAUCAUCACCUGCAUCUCCCUACCCGUCCCACGUAACGAGGAAGCUCGGGAGGCCUCUCAGCCAGACCCCCUGGAAGUCAGCCGGGUGGACCCAUGGGCUGGCCGGGGCCCCAGUGUACCCCUCAAAGACAGCCUGAACCACCUCAACCUGCCCCCACUGCUGGUUCUGCCCACGCGGUGGCCCCCGAUCCUGGGCCCAGAUGGAGACCAGGCUCCAGACAGACUGCUGGGGGCUGAGCAGGCCCUCUGCCCCCCAGGGGGCUUCCAGUGCCUCCAUUGCCAUAAGCCCUACCACACACUGGCCGGGCUGGCCAGGCACCGGCAGCUGCACUGCCACCUGCAGGCUCAGCGCUGCUUCACCUGCAAGUACUGCGACAAAGAGUAUGCCAGCCUGGGCGCCCUCAAAAUGCAUAUCCGCACGCACACACUGCCCUGCAUCUGUGCCAUCUGCGGCAAGGCCUUCUCCAGGCCCUGGCUGCUGCAGGGCCACAUCCGGACCCACACAGGGGAGAAGCCCUAUGCCUGCUCUCACUGCAGCAGGGCCUUCGCCGACCGCUCCAAUCUCCGGGCCCACCUGCAGACACACUCUGACACCAAGAAAUACCAGUGCAAGCGCUGCGCCAAGACCUUCUCCCGCAUGUCACUCUUGGCACGGCACGAGGAAUCUGGCUGCUGCUGCCCUGGCCCCUGAGAGGCAUGGGUUUGGUGCAGGUAGGAGGGCCAGGACCUCACCCCGAGAGUCCAUGGCUAGCACCCCUCUUGGCAGGCCCGUGCUGCCUCACGUGCCCAGAGGAGCCAGGCAUCCUGGGAGGGCAGGAGCCCAGCCGCCCACUCUCAGGCGCGUUCUCCGGCCCACUGCAGCCUGCUUCCACUCAGAACCAGAGCAGCCCAGCAGACCAUUAGAGUGAGCAGGGGCUUGUGCACGUCUCCCGCUCACUCUGCCCACUUAGAAGACACUUCUCUCCCAGGGACAACUUGCAUCGAAACAAGAACCACCAUUUUAUUUUCAGGUUCUAUUUCUCCGAGACUUAAAGACUGUUGGGAGACUGUCGCCAACGUAGACAAUUCCUGCCAUUAAAUUGACACGUGGGGCUGCCUUUGGAUCUCUGCAACUCCACAGUCUGACGUGUGCUGAGUGCAUUGCACAGUCUAGCCCUCGUGGGCAGAGCUACCUCAAGGCUCACCUCCACCUGCCUUUGCUUUGGGAUGUGGGCCACGCUGCCUCAUGUCACACACACGCUCCCUACCUCACUAGGCUGUCCCUGAGAUGGAGCAGCACCGGGGGGAUGCACAGCGAGGCCCCCAUUCACAAUUGUGAGGCAAUAAAGAGUCCAUGCACUCAGGUCUGUUAUGUACUCGGGGGGUCUGCGUCUUCCCAGCCCCGUGUCUACAGAGGAGGCCAAGCUCUGGGAAAUCCUCCAGAAGCAACAAGAUUCCUGGAUAACUGGGCCCUCCUGGGGCCAGAGGAGGGCGAGACGGGUCAGGGCAUCGAGCUGUGACGUUGUGAUGGGAUGGGGAGCAAGGCUGCGGGCGGCAGG